UUAUAUUUUGUUUUGACCAAUGAGAACCGUCGGCAAGUUACAGCAAUCGGCCAAUCACAACCCUCCGUACAAAAUCCAUUAUGGUAGACUGUUACUCGGCUUUCUUUCGUUCUAAACUCUGAAAUAUGAUGGAAAUUUUUGAUGCUGGAUAGUUAGUGAAUCCAAAGACUAAAAAAUGGAAAACCUUAAAUAUCCUUUCUUCAAAUUUCUAUGGUUGGAAUUUCAACGGAAAAAAAAUUAUCCACUCAUAAUCAGAACAAAUGAAUGGAGAGGAAUUCUCAAAUAGUAUCAAGAAAUUCUAAUUGGAAAUAUUCCCAACAAAGACCUUUAUACACACACACACACACAUACACAUACACACAUAUAAUAUAUAUUUUGUUAUUUUCAUCUGUUGUAUAGUUUAUUUCCUAAUAAUGUAACCACAGUCAGCUUCUUACAAAAAAAAAAAAGGAAAACAAACAAAAAAAAACCCCAACUUAUUCUGCUGUCAUUGUUAUCAUUUGUUGUUUAAUUUGUUGCCAUUGUUACUCCAUCACCAAGCUUUUAUUUAGCUACUCUCAAGUACUGCAAGGUUUUACUUGUAGCUAUGGGGAGAAAACGAUGUCCAUUUUCACAGUCGACACUUCUUGGGAGAAAAGGAUUUCAACUGAUAAAGUUGAUUCUGUUUCUGCUCUGUCUCUGUCUAGUUCAAUCUGAAGAAAAUUUUGCUGAUAUUUUGCAACAAAAUCAGUGUAACAUAUCAACAAGUUCGGAUCAUCAUCAUGUCCAAGUGGAUUUCAGCACUUCUACUCUUGAAAACGAAUAUAUUGUGUCUUUCAAUGGUUAUUAUAAAUUUAUGGCCCGGAAAAGGUUCAUCGAUGCAGCUUUGUAUGAUUCUGGCGUGAUUUCUUGGAAGAUUCUUCCCCGAGAUAAUCCUGCUCAUGAAUAUCCUAGUGAUUUUGAUGUUGUUAAGAUCAAUGAUAAGAAUAAAAAUGGUGUUGAUGCUCUAUUGAACCAUCCUGUUGUCAAAAGGGUCACUCCACACAAAAUGGUAACACGAUCUCUAAAAUUUAUACCAGUGAAGGAGAAAAAGAAAAAUAAUGCAACAAAUAACAACUCAGAAUGGGCUUCAAACUUUCAUAUGUUGCGAAGAUUACAUCAUAAAGGAUUGUCUGGCACGUCAGUAUUUUAUCCAAAACAUAAUAUGAAAUCUCGGCAGUUACUAAGGGCAGCUCCUAAACAAAUAACAUAUGCUUUGCAGGCUGAAGAACUAUGGAAUAUGGGAUUUACUGGAGCUGGAGUGAAAGUUGCUAUAUUUGACACCGGUUUAGAUGAAAAUCACCAACAUUUUAAAAAGGGUCGGAUUAAAGAUCGAACGAAUUGGACUCAUGAGAAAACCUUAGAUGAUGGUCUUGGACAUGGUACAUUUGUUGCUGGUGUUAUUGCCAGUUCAAAGCAAUGCUUAGGAUUUGCACCUGAUGCUGAUAUUUAUGUGUUUCGUGUGUUCACAAACAAUCAAGUUUCUUACACCUCUUGGUUCCUUGAUGCCUUCAACUAUGCAAUCUUGAAAAAAAUUGAUGUCUUGAAUCUGAGUAUUGGUGGUCCUGAUUUCAUGGAUCAUCCAUUUGUGGACAAAGUAUGGGAAUUAACUGCCAAUAAAGUCAUUAUGAUAUCUGCUAUAGGAAAUGAUGGACCACUUUAUGGUACACUCAAUAAUCCUGCAGACCAGAUGGAUGUUAUUGGAGUUGGAGGCAUUAACUUUGAAAACCAAAUUGCCCGCUUUUCUUCACGUGGAAUGACUACUUGGGAGUUACCUGCUGGAUAUGGUCGACUGAAGCCAGAUAUUGUUACAUAUGGAUCUGCUGUAAGGGGUUCUAGUCACAAAAAUGGCUGUCGUUCAUUGUCUGGAACCAGCGUAGCAUCCCCUGUUGUUGCAGGAGCAGUCACACUCUUGGCAAGUGCAGUAACUGACAGAGCCAGUGUGAUCAAUCCUGCUAGUAUGAAACAAGCAUUGAUGGUGUCAGCAAAGAGGUUACCUGGUGUCAAUAUGUUUGAACAAGGUCAUGGCAAGCUUGAUCUACUCCGAACAUACCAAACUCUACAAACUUACAAACCUCAAGCAAGCUUGAGCCCCAGUUACAUUGAUUUGACUGAAUGCCCUUACAUGUGGCCCUAUUGCACUCAACCAAUAUACCAUGGUGGGAUGCCAGUUAUUAUUAACGUGACCAUAUUGAAUGGAAUGGGUGUGACUGGACGUAUAGUGGACAAACCUUUGUGGCAGCCUUAUGCUCCUCAGUUCGGUAAUUACAUUGAUGUGGCUUUCUCAUAUUCUCAAACGUUGUGGCCCUGGUCAGGUUACUUAGCCAUUGCUAUAGCUGUCGGAAAAAGUGCUGCGAAUUGGCAAGGGAUUGCACAGGGACUGGUUACUGUUACCGUUGAAUCUGCUCCUGAGGAAGGGGAAGAUAGUCCACGUGUAUCCACAGCUAAAUUACCAGUUCGGGUUAAAAUUAUUCCAACUCCUGUACGAAGCAAAAGAAUCUUAUGGGACCAAUAUCAUAAUCUGCGCUACCCUCCAGGUUAUUUUCCAAGAGAUAACUUACGUAUGAAGAACGAUCCACUUGAUUGGAAUGGAGACCAUAUACAUACCAACUUCAAAGACAUGUAUCAACACUUAAGAAAUAAUGGAUAUUUUGUUGAAGUAUUAGGAUCACCAUAUACCUGCUUUGAUGCCAGUCAAUAUGGAACUCUUCUUGUGGUGGAUGCUGAAGAAGAAUAUUUUCCAGGAGAAGUGACAAAACUGAAACGUGACAUUGAUAAUGGUUUAUCUCUCAUUGUUUUUGCUGACUGGUAUAAUGUAUCUGUGAUGAGGAAAGUGAAAUUUUAUGAUGAAAAUACUCGACAAUGGUGGAUGCCUGACACGGGUGGUGCCAAUAUUCCUGCCAUUAAUGACUUAUUGGCAUCAUUAGGAAUGAUGUUUAGUGAUCAAGUGUUUGAAGGAGAACUCUUCCUUGGAGGCCACGAAUUGUAUUAUGCAUCUGGUACAAGUAUAACAAAGUUUCCUCCAGAUGGGAUAGUUAUCUCACAUAAACUCAAAGACCAAGGCUACGAAGUUCUUCAAAGUCGUCCUCGAACUGUAGAGCAUGUUCCAGUUUUAGGCUUACACCAAACAACAGCCAAACCUACAUCUGGUCGUGUUGCAAUCUUUGGAGAUUCCAAUUGUUUGGAUAACAGCCACAUGCUGAAAGAUUGCUUCUGGUUACUAAAAGCCUUAUUGGAAUAUACCGCUCACAAGACUUUACCAUCAAUAUUUCAAGGUUAUGAAAAGCGACCCUCUUGGCCUAGAGUGAAUUUACCAGAAAGAAUGGAAGGUAACCACUUGCACCGUUAUUCAAAAGUUCUGGAGGGACACUUAGGCAACCCCAAACCUCGACCUCUGCCACCUUGCCCUCAUCAAAGCUGGGCAGCUCCACACCUCCUGAACAUAUCAGCCCCUUCGAAUCUGUUCCAGCAACCAAAACUAUUGUCAGUUGACAUUGGCCAGCAAUCUAAUUGGCGAAAUGCACACCACUUCCCAAUGAAGAUUCCUGAUAAAGCAAUUCCAGUCAUUGAAACACGUAGAAUAGAAUUUCCUAUAACCUAUGAUGGGUUAAGUUUCUAUCCUCUGUUUGCACUUGUGACCACUCUGCUUGUCCUAAUGUUUCUCAUCAAUCAAUAUUGCAAACACAAACCUCGACCAAAGAAGAAGAAGUCUUUUGUACGAAAGGUGCAACACAUACUGUUGAGUCGAGUCCCCAGCGUCUGAUACUGUGAUCGCAACCAGUGAUGUUUUGUUUGUAGGUUCAAAUUCUUGUUCUGUUGAAUAAUGCAAAAUAUCAAAGAGAAAGUCAAGUAUGAGAAGACAACUGUUAGAAAAAAAAAAAAAAGCAAAAAAGGAGAGAAAAACAAGCAAUGUAAUUUCUAUGACUCUUUUGGAACUAGAACUGCUGGCAGUAUCUCCAGAAUUCCGUUGACAUGAAAAUGGCAAAUUCUAAAAUCGUUUUUGUUUCUUCUAUCAGAAACUUUACCCCCCCCCCCCCCUCAAAACAACCCUACCAUUUUAUUUUCAUUCGCCCAAAUAUAUUGAUUCUAAUUACAAAUGGAGUAAUAACAUUUAUAUAAUAUAUA